AUGGAGGAGAAUGUUGUGAACACAAAUUCUUCUCCUUCUACACUCGACCUAGAACAUGAGGCGAUACCAUCUAAUGAAGCUUCAUCCAGAGAAGCAGGAGGAUGGAGAUCUGUUAAAUAUAUCAUCGGUAAUGAGUCAUUUGAGAAAUUGGCAUCGAUGAGUUUGAUAUCAAAUCUAACAGUGUAUCUUCUGACAAAUUACAACAUGAGUGGGAUAUUUGUGGUUAAUGUGGUGCAAAUUUGGAAUGGAUCGUCAAACAUUGCAUCAUUAGUUGGUGCUUUCAUUUCUGAUACUUAUCUUGGGAGGUUCCGGACCCUCCUAUAUGGUUGUAUUGCAUCACUUCUGGGUAUAAUGACCAUAACACUAACAGCUGGUUUACAUCAAUUAAGACCCAUUACCUGUGAUGAUAAUGAUAGGCCUAAUUGUCAACAUCCAAAAGAUUGGCAACUAGGAGUUCUAUUUACAGGUCUUGGACUAUUAUCCAUUGGUGCUGGUGGAAUUAGGCCUUGUAACAUUGCAUUUGGUGCUGACCAAUUUGACACCAACACAGCAAAGGGAAGGGGACAAUUAGAGAGCUUCUUUAAUUGGUGGUAUUUCACUUUCACCAUUGCACUUGUUAUAGUGCUCACUGGUGUUGUCUAUAUUCAAACUAAUGUAAGCUGGACUUUAGGAUUUGCAAUUCCGACGGUUUGUCUUGCUUUCUCAAUAAUCAUCUUUCUAUUUGGUCGCGGCACUUACAUUUACAAAAAACCUCAAGGGAGCGUUUUUACAGACAUGGCAAAGGUGAUCGUUGCAGCAUGUCGAAAACGCAAACUUCAGCUUUCAAAUAGAACUUUAUAUGAUCAUGUUUCUACAUUGUCAGAAUCAGAAAACAUUAGGCUUGUUCAAACAGACAGGUUCAAGUUUCUUGAUAAGGCGGCUAUAAUAGCUGAACCAAGUGAAUUGAACAACCAAGGAAUUGCUAAGAAUGGUUGGAGACUUUGUAGUUUGCAACAAGUGGAACACUUGAAAUGCUUGUUUGGAAUUCUACCAGUAUGGGUGACAGGAAUUUGUUGUUUCAUUGUAAUGGAUCAGCAGAGCACAUUUGGUGUGCUUCAAGUUAUACAGACUGAUAGGUCUAUUGGAUCUCACUUCAAGGUUCCACCAGGAUGGAUGAACUUGAUAUCAAUGACAUCACUUUCAUUUUGGAUAUGCAUUUAUGAGUGUAUCUACCUUCCUAUAAUGAGGAUAAUCAAUAAAAGGGCUACAAGAAGAAUGAGCAUGGGAUGCAGAAUCAGAAUUGGGAUAUUAUUAUCUAUCCUAUGCAUGUUGGUAGCUGCAGUUGUUGAGAAAAAGCGUCGUGACUCGGCUUUGAAACACAAUUCGUUUAUUUCGCCUGUGAGCUUUGGUUUGCUCUUGCCGCAGUUUGCGCUGUCCGGUUUAAAUGAAGCCUUUGCUGCUGUUGCUAUAAUGGAAUUCUUUACCCUUCAAGUGCCGGAGUCUAUGAGGACUGUUUCUGGUGCCAUCUUCUUUUUGAGCCUGUCCAUUGCAAACUACACUGGUUCCUUAAUUGUCAACAUUGUUCAUAAAGCAACAUCACAUAAAGGGAAAACACCUUGGUUAGGUGGUCAAGAUUUAAAUCAUACUAGGCUUGAUUACUAUUAUUAUUUAAUUGCUUCCAUUGGAGUUUUGAAUUUUAUCUAUUUCAACUUCUUUGCUUGCCAUUAUUUGAUAAGUGGCAAGGAAAUUGAGAAAGCUGAGGUGCAACCAAUUGCUAGUGUGAAGGGAGAAUCAGAUGAACAAGAUGAUGAGGAAAAGGUUUUGGAUAGAGUAGGCACUAGAUGAAAGGCAACUUGAUCAUACUCUCAUGCUGCUAAAGUUUAAAUUUCAUAAACUCUAGUUCUCUUUUAGUUAUUGUUAGAUCUUUUUCCUUAGAGAAGCACCAUGUAGUUUAGUUUUGGUCUAGUUGUAUAUGAUUUGCAUCUGAAUCCUUUCUAUCUGGAUUAGCUUAGAGAUUAGAUUUA